AUGCCGAAGAACAAGAAGGCAUCAAGAGCGGGCGGCGCCGACCGCAUCAGUGCCCUGCCGGAUGCUAUUCUGCAGCACGUGCUGUCCUUCUUGCAGGCGCGGGAAGCCGUGCGGUCGUGCGUGCUCGCCCGCCGCUGGCGCUACCUCUGGAAGUCCAUUCCCGUGCUUCGUCUCACCGGAUGUAGCCCCGUCAAGGAGUUCCGCAAGUUCAUGGACUAUCUGCUAGUCCUCCGCGACCGCUCGCCUCUGGAUGCCUGCGUGCUCAACUUUACUAAAGUCCAUAUUAAAGAAUUAAGAAGUGAUAUGGACUGCGUGAACCUGUGGAUACGGUAUGCCUUGCUGUGCCAAGUCCGGGUGCUCAGUGUUGCAUUCUGUGGCAUUUUCGACGUUGGUCAUCUACCUGUAGCAUCUCGGAACUUGACCAACCUGGAGCUUGCUAACGUGAACUUAAAUAAAAAGUUCCUUUGUUUCUCGAGCUGUCCAUCUUUGGAGGAGCUCAAGAUGACCAAGUGCUACUUUUUUGUUCAAGAGAUCUUUUCCCGUUCCCUCAAAUGUCUGAGCAUUGAGAAAUGCUGGUUUUAUGAGGGACGGGUACGUAUUUCUGUUCCGAGUCUCACUUCACUUCAACUAACUGAUGCCGGCGGUAAAACUCCUUUUCUUGAAGACAUGCCAGAAUUAGUAACAGCAACAGUUAGAUUUACUUCUGCUUGUUGGGAAACUCGUGCUAAAAGUGAAAGGACUGCAAAUGGGGCUUGUGGUGAUACUUCUUGUGAGUGUUGCAACAGAGCUAUUGCUGGCGAGCCCAAGUUUUGCUAUGAUGCUUCUUGCGAGUGUUGUUACGGCCACGAUGACAGCAAAGAAGGUUGUAUGUUUCUCAAAGGUCUGUCAGCUGCUACAGAUCUGAAGUUGAUUGCUCAAACGGAACUGAUUAUCCUCGAAAGGGAUUUGAGACGAUGCCCUACAUUUAGUAAACUGAAGACUUUAUCACUCAAUGAGUGGUGUGUGUCUGGUGGCCACAGUGCACUAAUUUGUAUUCUCCAACACACUCCGGUUCUAGAGAAUCUCUCUCUCCAGCUUUCGAAGGCACCUGAUUAUAUAAAACCAGUGAAAGCAACUUACAAUUUAUUGGAGCACUCAUUUGCAUCAGAAAACCUAAAGAUAGUUGAAGUCACAUGUGAAGAGGUUGAUGAGAGAGUUCACAACAUUAUGAAGUCAUUAAGCACCUGUGGCAUACCUCUUGAGAAAAUUAAUAUCCGGCAAACAAAUAAAUCAUCUGGCUGUUUUAAUUUCAUCUGCACAGGCUUCAGCUCACUGUGAUGUUGCAAGAAUGAGUAUGAACUUAGUAAUAUGAUCUGUUUUAGAUAUAUCAAGGCCUGGUUCUGGUGUAUCUCAGCUCAACUGAUGUAGUUGGACCUGGUUUAGUGAGUUCUAUGUUAGUUUGUUGAUUGCUUAGCAGAUGACAUUUGUCUUGCGUUCUGUGGAUCUUUUUGGGAAUGUCAAUGUACUACUAUGU